CCGCUUCCGGCGUGGCCGCUGUCAGGGCCGGGAGCGGCAGGGCGGGCGGCGCGAUGUUGCUGCGGGCGGCGCCGGCGUGGUCGGCGGCGGGGCGGAGCGCGCUCGGGUGCCGGGGUCCGCCGGCAGCAGCCGCCAGGGCGGCGGGGUUGUGGGGCGCGGGGCGGGCGUGGAGGCCGGCGGCGGGGGCGCGCGCCCUUCUCAGCCACCCUCGGAGGGACCCGGAGCAGGCCCCGUCUUCUCUCCGGGAGGCCGCCCGCGACGUUCGCACCCAGACCCGGCCGGGGGAGACGGCAGACGGAAGGCUGAUUUACACCGGGAGCCUGGGCAGAGCCGUGUUCGGCGUGAAGCUCUUCUCGUACUCCAGCAGCGCGGCGGGGCUGGGCCUGCUGCCCUACAUCUUCGUCCGGACCGGCGCGGGGACGGGCGGCGUGCCCCUGAAGGUGGCCCUGGCCGUCCUGGCGGGCGUCUUCACGCUGGCCACGCCGGUGCUCCUGCACCUGGUCACCAAAGGCUACGUCCUCCGCCUCUACCACGCGGCCGAGACGGACACCUACACGGCCGUCACCUACGGCGCCCUGCUGGCCGAGAAGCGGACGGUCUUCCGCCGGUCGGACGUCAGGGUGCCCGAGCUGCACCACCUCUUCACCACCUUCUACGCCGAGACCAGGUCCAUGCUGGUCGACCCGGCCCUCUUCCCCCUGGCCCGGGACUACGACCACCUCAUGGGCUACGACAAGCCCCUCGCCCUCGACGGGGAACGCGGGGCCGGGGGGGACCCGUAGGGGACGGGACGUCCCCCCCCCGGUCCGGGGAGUCCGGCGGAGCCCGUCCGGAGGAGAAUAAAACGCCCCCCGCCUCGAAA